AUGAGCGAGGAGCGGGAGAAGAAGGACGACUCCCAGCCCGACACAGGGCUGCCACGCGUGCAGGACCGCCGGCAGGUGCGGGCCGGGGAGGGAGGCGGAGGGAGGGCGCGGCAGCGGGGUGAGGCGGUGCGCCCUGGGCGCCUCUGGCCGGGGGACGCCCUGGCGUGGGCCGCACGACGCCGCGAGCGGUGCCGCCGGGCAGCCGCAGCCCGGGCUCGUCCCUCCACGGCGUCCGUCUGCCGCCGCUGCCCGGCCCGGAGAGCUCGCGGACCUCCGGGAGCCGCAGCGCACAGGUACGGAGCCCGAGGGGGACGGGGCCGAACGUCGCGUCGCGUGGGGACCGCCCUCUGCCGGUUCGGCUGUGGGGGGCGGGGCGGCAGCCGCCCGCGGGCUGAGCGCUGCCCUCGGUGCUCCGUGGAGCGUGAGCGGGAAGGACCGCGCUCACUCGGUGUUUCUCCUCGGCUUCUCUUGCAGGCGGGCGGGUGGGAGUUCACGCUGUCGGUGACCUGCGGCAGUGCCAGUGGGCAAAGGAGACAGCCUCAGCCACCCCUGCUGCCUCGCUUAAGGCAGGCACGGAUGCCGGCAGCUGCACCCUGGCGUGCGGCAGCAUCUUCUAAUGCCCGUAAGCUGCCUGCUCUGCAAGCAGCAGCCUCUUGCACACCUUCUGCAAGAGGCAGCGCACGUGCCAUGGGCAUUAGAGGCAGCAGACUCCCAGUACUUGCCCCAAGACCUCAGCAACCACCAGAGAUGCCGUGCAGUUGCGACACGUGCUCGGCAAAGUCUGUGAGCGUGCCCAGGCUUCUCGUGCCCCAAGCAGCAGACGACGGUGCCAGUGCUGCCAACACUGCUCAGGGAAAACCGGGCGUAUGCUCCGCGACAUCGAGGGCUGAGGGUCAGGUUCCUGCCCCUGGUGGUUCCCGAACCAGGGAUGUUGGAGUGCAGACGGAGCUGCAAGUGUUGGAAGAGGCUGCUGAGAAGGAAUCCACAGGAUGGUCAUCCGGGCAACUGUGGAGCGCGUCUCUUGCCUCAUCAGAUGAGGAAGACCCCACGUGUUCAGCUUCUCUUCUGGCUGCAGACGCUGGGCCUGGAGGACACCUUGAGCCUUUGCCCGGAACAGGUCCUGAAGAUGGGGAAAGCUCAACUUCUUCCAAGGCUGAAUACUUUCCAGAGGAGACCAAUGCGGCGCCACGUUUCUGGAGACCAUGGGAGGGAGAAGAAACAGCUACCACCACGCCUGAAUUCUCCAACCAAUCUCUGGGAGAAGCACAGAGAUUGCAAGAUCCCGGAGAGGCGUACGGGGAGGUGUAUGGAUAUCCUCCAGUUCACCCAGCAAUCCGGAGAAUCCGGGAUGAGGCGAGGAAGGACCAGAUGCGCUCCAGCUGGAACACAUCCUGGCCAAACAGCAUGAGUGUGCCCCAGCUGCUAAGGCCCCAAGCAGCAGAAGACGGUGCCAAUGCAGCUGACAGUGCUCUGGGCACACUGAGAGCCUGCAGUGUGACAUCGAGGGCUGAGGGCCAGUUUUCUGCUUCUGAUGAUUCCCCAGCCAGGGAUGUCACAGCCCAGGAUUCACAGCUAGAGCUGGAAGAGACUGCUGGGAUAGAAAUGGCAGGACAGUCAUCUGGCACCCUGCAGGCUGCAUCUCUUUCCCCAUCUGAUGAGGCACACGCUGUGUGUUCACCGUCUCUUCUGGAUGCUGGUCCCGGGCCUGCAGGACACCUUGAGCCUCUGCCCGCAUCAGUGCUGGAAGAUGCAGAAAGCUCAGAUUCUCCUGAGGCUGCAAGCUCUGCAGAGGAGGCUGAUGGAGCAUCACUCCCCUUGUCAGUGUCUGAGGGAGGAGCAAGAGAAGAGCCGGCUGUGGCCAUGCCUGAGUCCUCCGGACAAGGUCUGGGAGAAGCACGGAGACUCCAAGAUCCCAGAGAGAUCAACAGGGAGACCUAUGGGUGCUCUCCUAUGAUCCCAGCACUGCGGAGAAUUCGUGAGCAGGACAGAAACGAGCGGAUGUUGUCACACUGGGAUAUUUCCUGGCCAAGGAACGUGAGAAGCCCCAGGCAGCAAAGGCUCCAGGCAAGAGGCGAUGCUUUCAAUACUGCUGGCACUGCUCAGGGCAUGCCGGGCAUCCGGCCCAAGACAUCACGGGCUGCUGUCCGGUUUCCUGACUCUGGUGACUCCCGAGUGUGGUCUCCUAGACUGUCAGUUGUGCAGGAGGAGUCCAGCGAUGACAGCGACAGUGCUGUCAGCACUGCUGAGGGCAUGCAGGAUGCCAGAGACACUGCAGUGACAGAUAAGGGCACGCACCCGCCCUCCUGUCUUUGCCCUUCACCGCUGGAGGCUGUGGAGGAUGACUGGGAGUGUGACUCUGAGGAAGAUGCUGCAUCAGAGGCAGUCAGCGUCACACCCAGCACAUCUGAUGAUUCAUCUGCUGAGGUGGAGUCCACGUCUUCAGCGUCAUCUGUGGCUGCAGAUCCCAGGCCUGAGGAGCAUGUGUCAGCGUGUGAGGGAGCAGAUGUGGGCCCUCAGCACGAGGUUUCUGCAGAGACUGGAGAAGGUGCACAGAGCUCCGUGUGCUUCAGAGACGCACCGGAGGAAGGCCCAGGUACCGCUGCCGCACCACACGCAGCGGCUCGCCGCCGGAUGCCAGCUGUCGUCAGGAUGGCGCUUCGGGCUCUGCGCAGGGUUUUCACCUGCAGCUGCAUCAGGGGACAGCGAGAGGAGAGGCAUGAGGCUGCAAACACCAGGCAGCUCCCAGAGACGGAAGACUGAUCCUGUAGAUGUAGAAUUCUGAUUAAAUGUUAUCUUUAUUCUAUCCUGGCUGAGUGCUGCCUGCUCCGUGCACGUUUGGUCUGUGAGUGCAGCUCCCGGGGUCAGAGCACAGGGCAAUGGAUCCCUGUGUCGGUGAUGCCAGCAAGCGCAGAGAGCAUUGGCGUGCAAGGCAGAGUGAUUUCUUGCUUGCAAAGUGUGAUCUGGCUGAGCUGGUGUGUGUGUGAGGUGGCCUGCGAUGAAGGGGUGAGGGUCUCUGAAAGGGGCAGCCGUGGUGGGAGAGUGCCGGUGUGUCUGUAGGGGUGAGAGCACGACCUAGAGGAGAGCAGGAGUGUCCCGGCUGGACUGGGGCUCCUCAGGUGUCACACUGCGUAGGCUUGGGUAUUCCCUACGUUGACAUGAUCGUUCUCCCAUACGAGGAUGUCAUCGGUAUACAGACAAACCCGGACACUGUGUUGCAAGGCAACCUUCUCCAGCCUCUGUGCCUACACUCUGUGCACCAGAGUGGGUGAGUGUUUGUACCCCUGGGGUAAUCAGGUGAAUCUGUACUGCACUCCCAGCAAAGGAAAUGCAAACUGCUUGUCCUCUGCCUUCCUCAAGGGGACCGUAAAAGCCUGUCUUAGACACCAACAGCAGGCAGAAAGGGGGGAGCCUGUUCCUGUAGGGCAGCGGUCAAUUCUGAAACAUUUGGGACAGCUGUUGCUGAAGGGGCAGUGUUGGCAUCCAGGUGAUUGCCCCAAGACCUCAGGGAACCUUGCAUGUCCAGGACAGGCAGCUCCCAGAGAUGACAUACUCGAUCUUGUAGAUGUUGAAUUCUGAUCAAAUGUCAUCUUUAUUCUGUCCUGGCUGAGUGCUGUCUGAUCCGUGUGCUCACGCAUGUUUGGUGUCUGAGUGCAGCUACUGGGAUGAGAGCAGAGGGCAGUUGGAUCCCUGUGUUGGUGGUGCCAGCAAGUGCAGAGAGCGUGGGCGUGCACUGGUAAAGGUUGUGCUUCGACUACCUUGUCAGUAGCAGUUACUGCAUAUCCUGCCUUACAGUUUCCUUGUCUCGCAAAACUGCUUCUGUUGAUGAAUUCAGGAGUCCUUAGCGCUGUCCAGUGGUGCCUCCUGUAGCUCUGGCCGACUGGCACGGACAGUCUCCAAGCAGUCACUCACUCACUCACUCGCUGCCGGCUCGGAGGUAGCCCCGUGUCGGUGCUCUGGGCGUUCGGCAAAUUGCUUUCUUCCUUCUCUUGGAUCACUUGGGCUCUCUGUUGAGAAACUUGACAGCCAUUUAAACCAAGAAAUUCAGCAAACUCACAGUCCACUGUACACAGGCCUCUUUUGUUACUGUGGCAUCCACGUACGGCAGUAAAGUUCCUCCUCGGGAUGGAGGAAUCCCAGCCCCGAGCUCACAAGCUGACCGGUUCUCAAAAAUCAUUGGGCUGUUCUUACAACCGUGGAUAACACUGUCCAGGUUAACUAAGUCUUUUCUCCCCAUACUGGGGUUUUCCUAUUCAAAGGCAAAUGACUUCAGACUUUCUGUGGCAAAACGAGGCAGAAAAGGCGUCCUUCAGAUCCAGAAGGUAAACCCCACCUACUCAUUCCUUAAUUGAGUUAAUAAAGUGUACGGAUUUGCCACCACUAGGUGUGUAUCUUCAGCGAUUCUAUUGAUUGCCCUCAAAUCUUGUGCCAAACAAUAGCUUUUGCCAUCCGAUUUUCACCGCCAAGACGGGGCUGUGGUAUUUGGAUUCACGUUCAAUUACUAAUCCGAACUUCAAAAAGUUACCCAUUUUUUCUCCCGUCCUCCUACAGUCUUCUAUCCUCAAAAGGCCACUGCUCUACCCUGACUGGGCUGGCGUCCUGCCUGUAACUUCACUUCUAACAGCCCGCCUUUAGGGCUCUGCCGGGCAUCCCUGAUGCCCGCGCUCCUGGGUAUACCUGAUUUAGGAUUUCCGUAACUUCUGGGGGUACAACAUUGCUUUUCCCAGUUUUUGUUAAUGCCAGACUUAAAACUUUCAGUCAGUUGGUCUUGCCUGACACUUAGCUCCAAUUAUUUUUCUUCGCUGAAUUUGAUCUCUACAUCCAGUUGUUCUAAUAAGUCUUGCCCGAGUAACGGUCUUGGAGAACCUGACGUGCACGAGAAUGUAUGUAUGCCUAUUUGUUUGCUCAGGCUGUACUUAAUUGCUCUCAGAAAGUAAGCUUUUUCUGGUUGGCCAGUAGCUCCUACUGCUGUUACAAAAUCAGCAUCUAUGGGUAAUCAUUCUUGAUGUGGCACAGAGUGAGAGGUCCCUGUAUCCACCAGAAAAUUAACCUCUUUACCUUGUUCGCCUAGCUGCAAUUUAACCACCAGCAAAUUAACCUCUUUACCCUGUUCGCCUAGCUGCAAUUUAACCAGUGGCUCUGCUAGGGUAUCCCAGGUUCCCAUCACUCAGCUUUUGUGAUCAGAGGCGUUUCCCUCCCCCUUAGCUUGGGACAGCUUCUCCACCAAUGCCCUGCUUCCCUGAUAUCUGCACGCUGCUUUCUGCCCAAUGGGGGUGGAACCCUCCCUGGGCCGUUCCAGCCCCCCCCGCCCCCCGCCUCUUCCCGAGGGGAUCUCUGGGUCCUAGGGCCCUGCUCUGGCGCAGCAACAGUAGCAGCUGCUGUUGCUCUUCCCAGUUUCCUUGCUACCUCUGUUCCUCAAUCAGUUUUCCCAGAUCCCUCACCUCCCUCCUUGUUCCUGACAUCCCUGUUACGCCUUGCUCAUCUUUGCCUUCCUCAGCCCGUGUCUUUCUCAAACCUUUCUCACUUUCCAAGCGUUGCAGAAACUAACAGCGUUUUAUUUCAGUUUUGCCUCCUUCCCUCCGGAGGCUUCCAGUGCCAACACUGCGAUGUCGGGUUUCCUAUGUCUCUGCAGAUGGAGGCUUCUAACGUCCCGUCCCGUCCCGUCCCGUCCCGUCCCCUCCCCGCCCCGUUCACAAGUAACGCGCUGUUGACAGCAGGAGUCUCCGGCCCCAGCUCUCUCUCUCACUCCCAGAGUUCUGCUUACAGCCGCGGCGGUGGAGGCGGUGGGGGGUGCGGUGCAGGGCAUGUGCUCUCGUGCCGGCACCCGGUGCAGAUCACAAGCUCUCAUAUCUCAAACUCGCUGUUUUUCCUUAACCCUGCUGCCGUUUUUUCCACAGUCCCACUAUUCGUGCUCUCCACUGCACUUCCACGUACCAUCAACAAUUACUUCCAUAUACCGUCCAAACAUUUUGUCCCACUCCCUUCAAAACCCACAAAUCAAACAGUACAGUUCUUCAGCUUCCACGGACACUCAGUGCUCACUCGCACAAUUAGAAUACUCAAUUACAAAAACUGGUCCUGUAACUUCAUUUACGUUCACUUAUGUUCCCGGUUUCUUAUCCACUGUUCCCCCUGGCUCAUCGGUGACGUUUCUUCAGGGAGCCAAAACACAACCCAGAGUGGUCCUUUUUGGAAGUUCUUUAGGCACUCCUCAUCCAUAACAACUGGUUACCCUGGCCAGUCUUAAGUGUUGGGUGAAAAUCCUUUGCGUUUUGCUGGGUAGUCGAGUCCACCUCCUUCCCCGGGGCACGGGAACACCAAAUUCCCUGGGCAAGAGUCUUAACCAACGUCCCCCAGCCAGACAAGAAUAUUUUAAACAGGGAAUGGAAUUCCACAAGUAACAGUUUUGCAACACGAACCUUUAACAAUUACAAAGACAGACGGUGACAACCACUAAUACAGUUCCUAUAAGCAAGAAAAAGAAACACGGCCCAGACAUUUACUGCCCCGCCUGGCAGUACAGUGUUACAAGUGACUUGCUUUAUCCCUCCUGUAAAUGUCUUCCCCAGCACCACCACUAUGCCAGGGCCUUACCCCCGUCAACUUUCCGGCAGACUCACGGUUUCUCUCCCAUGCUGAAAUCAAUUACCCAUCCGAUGCCUCCCGGGCCGAUACAAAGUUUCACUGCCGCACACUCUGCGUUGCCCCAGCCGACGCACCAGUGCUUUCCCCAGAGGCCUUCACCACUUCACCAAAGAGCAGAACGGAAUAGAAGCAGAGAAAGGGCGGGGAAUACCUGUACCCAGAGGCUCUUGUGUGCUCCCAUGGUGAUCCACCUGAGAGUUGGAGUCCCUCCCGGACAAGCUGCCGGUGGGCCCAGGGACUCCUCCUCUCAGAGGCUCCCACAGUUGAGCCGAGAGUCUCCUGCCUGGCUCGCCAACUGAAGCUGAGAAAACCAACAAAGGAACUCGACUCGUCAGUGAGGUAUGACAAGCAGGUAUUCCCUUUAUUACAGCGCUGGGUGCAUGGCAGAAGGUUCCCACCAAACAUGCACACCGAGAGAAGCAGCGACAACGUAUUUAAAGGCAUAGCGUAUAAAUAUUAAUUGCAGCCCAAGGACGUGGGCAGAAAUAACACCUCUGGUGGUCAUCAGAUGAAGGACGAAGUCAUUCUCGCUGUACAUUUCCAAUCUUUUCAGGAGGGGGUAGCCCAAACCAGUUCCCGCUGAUGUUAUGUUGAGCUGAGGCAUCUGAUUUGCCGUAGAAUCAGUAAAAUCAUAUAAAUGCUCAGGUUGGAAAAGACCUUCAGGAUCAUCAAGUCCAGCCACGACCUAUAACCAUACUACCCUAACUCUAACAACCCUCCACUAAAUCACGUCCCUGAGCACCGCAUCCUAAUGGAUUUGAAACACAUUCAGGCAUGGUGACUCAACCACUUCCCUGGGGAGCCUCUUCAGGGGUUAACAACCCAUUCUGCAAACAGUAUUUCCAGAUAUCCAACCUAAACCCCCGCCGGGGAACCUGCCUGCACUGCCAGCACUGCCAGCACCAACUGCCCGCACUGCCAGCACUGCCAGCACCAACUGCCAGCACUAACGGCUGUGUGUCCUGUUGGCUGCGCCCCCUGCGGCCCGCCUUUGUAUGCAUGGAGGGGUGCCCGCACUCCUCACUCUGCCCACCCACAU